UUCCAAUCUAAAUGUAAAAAUAUCACAAGUGGAAAAAAAAACGGAGGCGAUGCAGAAGACGAUCUACGGUUUCAAUGGUUUCUCGACGAAGGGAUCCCGAAAUCGAGUCAGUUGUUGGGCAACGUUGGUGAUAUGAAGAACGGAGAGGGUACCCGCAAAAGGAUGAAGAUCUCGGUGCCUCAUUUCGAUAACUCAACUCUCACCAAGACCUUCUCCAUAACCUUGAUUGGAAGGUGCAUGUACCCGGAGAAACAAGACAUGAAGGUGUUGAUUGUGAAUAUUCCAAAAAUCUGGAACCCGGAGGAGCGGGUUGUCGGUACAGACUUGGGAUUUGGCAAGUUUCAGUUUGAUUUCGAGAAGGAGGAGGACAUUGACGUGGUCCUGAAGCUUCAACCUUUCCAUUUUGACUACUGGAUGCUUUCCUUGGCACGUUGGCAACCAAAGAAGUCUCAACUCUACCAGUCAGAAAUCACCUUUUGGAUUCGUGUAUUAGGUAUUCCGGUGGCAGCUCCCACAUUCGAAAGCAUUGGUGAUGCCAUUGGAAGGACGGUUGAUGUUAAUUUGAAACACUCUCGUGUUCAAGUGGUGGUUGAUGCUUUUAAAGAGAUUUGUUUUGAAACCUCAGUGGACUUCAAAGGAGGAGAGUUCUACGACGACGAGGAAGCUCGUCUCGUUGAGAUACGAGAAGCUCUUUGGUUACUACUAAGUAUGUUCUAGGCGCUGCCAUAGAGAAGAAAAAUGCCCCUUAGGUAUGAAGAAUAUCAAGAAGAGUCCGGAGCAGAAGAGGGAGUUUAGAGAAGGAAAUGGUGGGAAGCACGAUGAUCGAGCUAGGAGCAACAGAGGGUGGUCAUUAAUGGCAGUGUGAAUCAACAGAACAAAUAAAGAGACGGUCGGGUUAAUUACGGUAAGGGCAAGGGCAAGUUGGUGGAGGAGGUGGAUUCUAAAUGGAGGAGGGUCCCGGAGAGAGGGAACAAGAGGUCGUCUACUACUGGUGGAAACUACAGAGGAGAUGGUGAACUCGUUAUUGACCUGCUCGGAGAGAGGAAGUAAGGCCUGGACGACAGGAUGGACGAACUACAUCUUCACCUGGACCGAAGAGAGAUCAACAGAACUCAAGGGGAUCAGGUGUGGAAGCUCGAGAGGAGGGGGAAAUUGGGAAUGCUGCGGAGUGUGUUACAACUUUACCAUCUCAAAAUUUUCAAGAAGAACUGUCCAAAACUCAGGCGGAUGGAACAUAGUCAUCUCAGAUCCUAUUGAUGAGGUAAAAUGAUUACAAAUGGUUCAGGGCUUGCUAGAGGAACAGUUAGGUUUAGGAGAUGGAGAUGGAGCUGGAUGAGAUCAAGGCUCAUUUACUUGAGAAUGGGAUCGAUAUGGACGCAGAGGAUUUUCUAAAGAAUCUUUCUGAAGAAGAAGAGCUGGCUCUUGCUGAUGAAGAGAUUAAGGGUCAGGAUAAUGGAGUCAAUAGUCCAGAAGAAGAAGAGCUGGCUCCUGCUGAGGAAGAGAAAGGCCCGGCUGCAGAGUACAUUGCGAAGAAGCAAGGAACACGUAAGAGGUUGUUCAAGCCCACGAUAAAUACUGCAGGAAGCACCAAGACGAGGAUAGCCAGCGCGCUGGUUUCACCACGCAAACGAGCUGCAGCUAAGACUGGAUCUCACCAAGGAGAUAACAGCAAACAACCGGAGAGUAAGGGCACUUCAAACCCGAAACAUGGUCAUCAAAAAUCUUAAUUUUAUGGAUAAAGUCUUCAUACCAGUGAGAUCAAGCAUGCAGGGAUUGCAUUAUGUUUUUCGAUGUUUUAAUUUUAUAAUAAGCUCUAUGAGCAUUUGCAUUGUAUUUGGUUCUAAGGGUAUCAUGGUUUUAGUUUCUUCGUUGUUUUCAUGGUUGUUGGUGAAGCUUUCUUUCGUGGUUAAGCAAUGGAAUAAUAUUGUUGUUUUGAGUUGUUGGUUCUGGGGGAUCUUUGAGUUCUUGAAUUCAAUGGUUGCUUACAUUUUCUAAGGCU